AUGGAAUCCGUCGUCGAGGAAGCUACCAAUCCACAGUUCCAUCUCUCAGAUCCCUCUCCUCCGCCGGGAAACUUGGCUCUGGACACUGCCGAGCCGCCUUCUCCUGAAAAGCCGCCCCAAUCUCGCGACGCGUAUCCCGCUGCCAUUGGCAAUAAUGGUCAGAUCGAGUUCCCAAAGCCUAGGCUCGACUUCACCAAGCCUCUCCUGUCCGAGAAUGGCGUCACCAAAACCAACAGCGGCGAUAAGGACUUCUCCGGCGGUGAAGAGGAGACGACGAGCCGUCGCAAGCGGAGGAGCCGCUGGGACCCGCAGCCGGACGGAAGCGGUGGAAAUCAGGCGGCGGAUGGAGGCGAGAGCAAUAACGGUAGCAGUAACAAUAACAAUGAAGCCGGGAGUGGCACUCGGAAGAGGAAGUCGAGGUGGGCGGAUGAUGAGCCCAAGCCUGUGAUUCAGCUCCCUGAUUUUAUGAAGGAUUUUACUGGAGGUAUUGAAUUUGACCCUGAAAUCCAGGCUUUGAAUGCUAGGCUCCUCGAGAUUAGCAGGAUGUUACAGUCUGGUACGUCUCAGUCUGGUUUGCCGUUGGAUGAUAGACCUGAAGGAGCUAGGUCUCCUUCUCCUGAACCAAUUUAUGAUAACAUGGGAAUUAGGAUCAAUACUAGAGAGUAUAGGGCCAGGGAGAGGUUGAACAAAGAGAGGCAGGAGAUUAUUUCACAGAUCAUCAAGAAGAAUCCUGCGUUUAAGCCUCCUGCUGACUACAGGCCCCCGAAGCUUCACAAGAAGCUCUACAUACCGAUGAAGGAGUACCCAGGGUAUAACUUUAUUGGAUUGUGGCACUCUUGGCCUCCCAGUUGGGUUCAGUUGCUUGUGAACCCCUCUUCCUUUGACUCUUGUUUCGAUUUUGAAAAGAAUGGAGAGGGAAACGGUGCUAAGAUUGUAAUUCGAGGGAAAGGGUCGGUGAAGGAGGGCAGGUUGCAGCAGAAGAGGGAUUUAAAGCCGGAUCCGUCUGAGAAUGAAGAUUUGCAUGUUUUGGUCGAGGCAGAUACUCAAGAGGCCUUGGAAGCUGCUGCUGGCAUGGUUGAGAAGCUGUUGCAACCGGUUGACGAGGUUCUGAAUGAGCAUAAGAGGCAGCAGCUUAGGGAACUAGCUGCUUUGAAUGGUACAAUUAGGGAUGAAGAGUAUUGCCGGUUGUGUGGUGAGCCUGGACACAGGCAGUAUGCUUGUCCAUCCCGGACUACAACAUUUAAGAGUGAUGUGCUUUGUAAGAUUUGUGGUGAUGGUGGACAUCCUACUAUUGAUUGUCCUGUUAAGGGAACAACUGGGAAGAAAAUGGACGAUGAAUACCAAAACUUCUUGGCAGAACUGGGUGGGACUAUGCCUGAGUCCUCGAAUAAACAAACUGCUACCUUGGCUUUGAGGUCAAGUGGAUCUGGAAGCAAUCCUCCAUGGGCUAGCAACACUGGGGGUAUUGGCAGUGCGAAUCAAGCUGGACUAGGAGCCACUGAUGGUAAAUCGACAAAGGAAUAUGAUGAUACCAAUCUUUACAUUGGCUACUUACCUCCUACUUUUGAUGAUGAUCGUUUGAUCCAGUUAUUCUCUGCAUAUGGUGAGAUUGUAAUGGCAAAGGUAAUCAAGGAUAGGGUCACUGGGUUGAGUAAAGGGUAUGGUUUUGUCAAGUAUUGUGAUGUUCAAAUGGCUAAUUCGGCAACUACUGGCAUGAAUGGAGCUCGUGUUGAAGGUCGGACCAUUGCUGUGAGGGUUGCGGGUAAGCCUCCUCAACCUAGUGUUCCUCCUGGCCCUCCUGCAUCCAGCAUGCCCACAUGCCCUGUCUCAAGUCAACCAGUUGGUGCCUAUCCAUCCCAGCAGUUCACCCCUUGUGGUCCUCUUCCACCUGCUCCUCCAGGAAACUAUGCUGCUCCUCAUCCAAGCUAUGGAGGGCCUCCUGUUCCUUGGGGACCACCUGUUCAGUCUCCCUAUGCUCAUUAUCCUCCACCUCCUCCUAGUUCGAACAUGUAUCCUCCUCCUCCUCCCCCUCCUGGACACCCUAUGGCACCUUAUGGCACGCAAUAUCCUCCACCAGUGCCUCCGGCUCCGGGUGCUCCUAGUCCAACUGUGACUCCUGAAGCUCAACAAAGUUACCCACCAGGGGUUCCAUCGGAGAACCACACUUCUGCUCCGCCACGUGCAUCAUCUAACUUCUAUGGGAAUGUUCCACCAUUGCAACCAGUUUAUGCAACAGUUUCUCUAGGUUACUCAUCAUACUAUAGUGCAGUUCCUCCCCAUCCGGCUGCGCCUAUGCCAACAACUGAUCACUCCCAGGGGAUGAGCAAUUUACCUUGGGCACCGAAUCCACCACAACCACCACUUCCAGGAGCUUCCGCUGGAGAGAAAACGAACUAUGGAGCUGAUGCUGAGUAUGAAAAGUUCAUGGCAGAGAUGAAAUGA